UCUAUCUUUGGUGCUCACCGGUUUCGCGUGUGCUUAGCUCUUCAAGCCCCAAGACAGGCCAGAAUCCAGAGUCCGACUCGGAAGAAUCUCCACCGCUUGAUAAACAAACAGUUAAAACAAACCGCUUGCCCCCGUGCCUCCGCUUGUGUGUGCGUGUGUAUCUGUGUGUGUGUUUGUCUGCAUUUUGUUUGCUGCUCCACGGUUCGCCCUCAUUGUGCUCUCGUGCAAAUGAAAAUCUCAUUGAGCAGAAAGUCGCAGCGGCAGCGGAAAGUGGAAAAUCCUAAAGCGGCACCAGCCACAGCAAAAUAAAAAAAAAAUUAUAUUAACCAAAAAGAAAGAAAAUCUUGGCUAGUGAAAUUUUCUGUUGAGAACUAGAAACGGCAAUAAAACCCAAAUACAGUUAAUCUGAAACGAAUCCAUCGCUGGAAUCUAGCCAAAAACCUCGCCAAUUAAUUGACGAAUUAAAGAUCAAUCAACGUACAUAGCUUGUACCGCUAAAUCAAACGGAAAAGAUGCAGUGCGGCCUGGAGCAGAUGAACGACUGUGAGCGGUCCCCCAACCGGACGAACCUCCGGGUCAACUUCAACGAGAAGGGAGCAGAGGUCAAGGAGCGGCGGGAGAAGUUCCUCACAGCCAAGUAUGGAUCACACCAGAUGAGCCUGAUCCGCAAACGGUUGGCCGUCGAAAUGUGGCUGUACGACGAGCUCCAAAAGCUCUUUGAUCCACCAAGCGAGGCCAUCGAUGUGGACAUUGACGAGAUUCUGGACAUGGACACAGACGAAAUCAGAAGAUCUCAUCUUAUUAGAUUACUGUCAGUCUGCAAACGCCCGCAAUCGGACAUAUCGAAGUUCAUCAGCGAUCUUUUGGAUCGCGCAAAAACGCUUUAAGUACCCAUCCCUCAUAUAAGGAAUCAUCAACAGAUCUACACAUAAUAUUCAGAUAAACAAAUAAUACCUAGAGCAUUAAGUAUAGCUUUGAACACAAAGAACAAAGAAUUCUGUUUGCAAAUCUAUGUUUAUAUCCAUUCAAAAAUCAUGUUUAUUUUUUUUCCUGUUCUUUAGUUGAUAAUUGAAAUCUUUAUACUGACUAAUUUGAAGUUUAACCGAAUUUAAGUCACCUUUGAAAAUGAUAAACAUCAUAAAAAUCGUUAGCCCUAAGCUUAUGGUAUAAUAUCGAGAAACAUAAUACUUCAUCAAUUUUGUGAUGAAAACAUAUUUUUUAAAUAAAACACAAAAACAUUUGAAAUGGCCUAAACGCAAAUUAUAAGGUGCAUUUCAAUUGAAAACCAUCGUAAGGGAAAAGCCCGUGUAGUUAAAGUAAAAUAAUGAUUAGCUCCAUUUUUGAUAAGGGGGCCUAAACUCCUCCUGGAACACUCUGGUUGUUUUAAAAAACAAAAAAAUUCUAGUUUAUUUGAAUGUGUGUGCUUCAUUUAAUCACCCGCAGGUAUUAAUCCCCGAAUAAACAUUUAUGUUUUGGGUGAAUAUUAAAAAAAAUUUGUAAGUAAAGUGUGCGAUCACCGAGACAAAGAUGAAAGCUCAGGUUCACUGCCAAAUCGUGGAGGAGGAAGAACUUGUAUGCGCAGUUAGCAAGUACAAACCGAAAUGGAGAACAGAAUGCACAGACAAGAAAGGAAUUUUAACAAUACACCUAAAAAAUAAUCAAAUUAAAUCAAUAUGGUAGCAAAGAAAUCACUUCUCGAAUCAAUUUCAAUAGCUGUAAAUAAAAAUGUUGAAAUACAAAUCCCAAAAAUUUGUAAAUAUCCUUGAAAAAGCAGCAACACUUCUUCACUCCACGGCCUCUACACAUCCUUGUAGUAGUAUCUAACCAUUUUCUAUCAAUCAAAAAUUAACGUUAAAGUAUUUUAAUUGUGCUCAAUGUAUCCGGGAGAGAAACGAAUCAGUUUUAGCAUAUUUAAUAUCACUACUUCUCUCUAUCAGAUCUACAAAUUAUUAGAAACUUCUUAAAAAUGAUACUUGCAUGCUAGUGAAAAGAAAUUAAUCAUCGCAUAUUUCCAUUACCCCAAAUAAACGCAUAAAGCUAUUAUUUAAGCAAGUUAGCACUAAAGUAUUUAAGCCUAAUCAUGCACAAAUUUUCAUUUAAAAAUUAAUCACUCAAGCACACACAUAAACCCGCUAAACGAUACACAGAGAGCUGUAACGAAAAGCUAAUAUAGUAAUUAUAAAACGCAAAAGAGAAGUUUACAAUAAAUAUUUGAUUGCUUUAGACAA